AGAACCUUACAAAUAUACAUCAUAUUUACAUCCUAAACUAGCAUCCCAAACUAUAAUAUCAUAUUUGUCUGUGUUAAAACAUCACCAUAUUAUGAACCAUCUAGACUGGAAUAGAACACGCAAUGAUCCUCUGAUAACGCUAAAGACCAUUGAAGACAAUCAUAUAUUCAAACCAUCCCAACAAAAAGAACAUAUCACACGAGAUCAGCUUCGAUAUAUAAGGGCAAGAAUGAAUUUAGAGGCUCCGGAUGAUCUUUUAUUUGGGUCAGUUGCUCUUGUAGCAUUUAACAGUCUGACCCGCAUGGGAGAACUGCUACCUAAAUCACAAAAUGAUGUAAAUAAAAUACCUACAGUACAAGCAUUAAAAUUUGACAGAUCAGGCGCAAACACAUUCGCAACAAUACAAUUACCCAGAACAAAAAACCACAGAAUUGUAGAACGCCCCAUUCUAAUUAUUAAUUCGACAAGUGAUGAGCUAUGCCCAAUUAGCGCGCUAAAGGCAUACACAAUCCUAAGAACUAGAUUACAUAUGCCCCAGGGAAGAAAACGCUUUUCAUUAGGAAAGAUGGAAGGCUAG